AGCAACAUUCUGAUUAAAUAUACACCAGCGGCGUUCUGUAGUUCCGCUCCGGACCUCCAGGCGGCGGUAAAGCUGCUUCGACGCUCAAAUACACACCAUCUUCACGCCCGAAACACGCAUCGGUCUUUUCCGCCCGGACCAGCAGCAACUGCGAGGUGGCAAAAUGCAGAUCUUUGUGAAAACUUUAACCGGUAAGACCAUCACCCUCGAGGUCGAGCCCAGCGACACCAUCGAGAAUGUGAAGGCCAAGAUUCAAGACAAAGAGGGCAUCCCUCCUGACCAGCAGCGUCUGAUUUUCGCUGGCAAACAGUUGGAAGACGGUCGCACACUUUCAGACUACAACAUUCAGAAAGAGUCCACCCUCCACCUGGUGCUGCGUCUCAGAGGAGGCAUCAUCGAGCCUUCCCUCAGACAGCGCCAGAAAUACAACUGCGAGAAGAUGAUCUGCCGCAAGUGUUACGCCCGUCUGCACCCCCGUGCCGUCAACUGCCGCAAGAAGAAGUGCGGCCACACCAACAACCUGCGCCCCAAGAAGAAGCUGAAGUAGACUGUAGCAUUGAUGUGCUUCAGGAACUGCAGGAGAUUCUGUGUUCAAAUAAAUUGUUGAAAACUGUC